AUGGCCACCUGGGAUGAAAAGGCAGUCACUCGCAGGGCCAAGGUGGCUCCCGCCGAGAGGAUGAGCAAGUUCCUGAGGCACUUCACGGUCGUUGGGGACGACUACCACGCCUGGAACAUCAACUACCGGAAGUGGGAGAAUGAGGAGGAAGAAGAGGAGCCUGCGCCGACGCCGGCUUCCGGCGAAGAGGGCCAAGCUGCUGACCCAACGGCUGGCCCCGACCCCGCGCCCAGGCGCCCCCUGGACUUCAGGGCCACGUUGCGGAAGCUCUUCAGCGCCCACAGGUUUCAGGUUAUCAUCAUUUGCCUGGUCGUUCUGGACGCCCUCCUGGUGCUUGCCGAACUGAUCCUGGAUCUGAAGAUCAUCCAGCCCGACAGGAACAACUAUGCCGCCAAGGUGUUCCACUACAUGAGCAUCGCCAUCUUGACCUUUUUCAUGAUGGAGAUUUUCUUUAAGAUAUAUGUCUUCCGCCUGGAGUUCUUUCACCACAAGUUUGAAAUCCUGGACACCAUUGUGGUGGUGGUCUCCUUUGUCCUCGACAUCGUCCUCCUCUUCCGGGAGCAUGAGUUUGAAGCUCUUGGCCUGUUGAUCCUGCUCCGGCUCUGGCGAGUGGCCCGCAUCAUCAACGGGAUAAUUAUCUCAGUUAAGACACGCUCAGAACGGCAACUCUUAAGGUUGAAACAGAUAAAUAUACAACUGGCUGCCAAGAUCCAGCACCUCGAAUUCAGCUGCUCUGAGAAGGAACAAGAAAUUGAAAGACUUAACAAGCUGUUGAGACAACAUGGACUCCUUGGUGAGGUGAACUAG